AGGAAAAGUGGUAGCUCGUCGGCAUCAUGAGCACGAUCCAUCAUGAUCGGAAGGCGAGCUGCAGGCCGGAGAAGGAGGAGGUGAAAGAAGUCCCCAUCCAAGAAGAAGGUGGCUUAUUUUCUUCCAUACCGAUGGUGCAGCACCAAAACUUCUGGCUCAGUCCUAAGCUCCUCGAGAGCAUCGAGCUCGUGCAGGAGCAGUUCGUGCCGCGGGCCGACGACAUCAUCCUCGCCACCUUCCCCAAGUGCGGCACCACCUGGCUGAAGGCACUCACCUUCGCGAUCACCAACCGCUCCCGCCACGCGUUAGCUCAUGAUCAUCCCCUGCUCACUCGCCACCCUCAGGACGCCGUGCCGUUCCUCGAGCUGCCCGACCGGCAGAUCCAUCCUGUCGCCGACCUCGAAGCCAUCCCCUCGCCGAGGCUCCUCGCCACCCACAUUCCUUUCUCGCUGCUGCCGGCAUCGGUGACCGCCGCCGGCUCACGGGUCGUCUACAUGUGCCGUGAGCCCAAGGACGUGUUCGUGUCCAAAUGGCAUUUCGAGAAUCGGGUCUCUGAGAAGCUCUUCGUCGACCUUGGUUUGGCUUUCCACUUGUUUUGCGAGGGGGUCUCUGUUUUGGGACCCGUUUGGAACCACUACCUCGAGUAUUGGAAUGAGAGCAAGGCAAGGCCGGACAAGGUUCUCUUCUUGAAGUAUGAGGAGAUGAUGGCAGAUCCUGUAAAGGAAGUGAAGAGGCUCGCUGAGUUCAUCGGUGCUCCGUUUACCGACGCCGAGGAGAGGAGUGGUGUCGUCGAUGAAGUGGUUAGGCUGUGCAGCUUCGAGCAUUUAACGAGCCUGGAGGUCAACUCUACUGGAGUUGCCGAUCGGAUUGGUGGGUUCCCGAUGGAGAAUUCUACGUAUUUCAGGCGUGGCAAGGUGGGAGACUGGCCGAACCACCUGAGUGCUGAGAUGGCACAACAGUUGGACAGUGUUGUGCAAGAGAAGCUGAAAGGCACUGGCCUCACCUUCUGAUUUCCAUUGCUCCCAUCACCCUUGUUUUAUUCCGUUACAGUUCGGGGUUUCAGUCAACCUCUGCGCACAACUAUAUGCCAGAUUGAAUAAUUCUAAACUCGUUUGGUCAUGUUAUCUUUUAUCUAUGUUAAUGUAAGUAUGCACUUCUCUGGAAUUUAUUUACUGAAUCUGACUGCUAUGUUGUAAAAGAACAGUUUACAGUACAGUAAUAUAG